AUGGAGGUCAUACUGGAGAAGGACAUAUAUGUAUGGUGUAAAGAUCAAGGCGUAGAUCCUCGCAAAGGCAUAUGCAUAGUGGGCAACUUUGAAGGCGUCACAGAUGACAAGGUGAUUAAAGAAGUACAGAGAUUGUAUGGGAUAAGAAAUCCUGGUAUAGUUGACAAGUGGAAGAGUGCCACUGGCGAUACAUGUGCCAUAUUGAUAACCAAUCAAGAAUACCAGGACUCUGAAUUGAUUCCUGUAAAAAUAUCAGUGGAAGGAGUACUCGGCAGAAGAUGGCAAAUAAUGUGGCCUAGUGAAGUUGGAGAGACCGAGGGAGACGCUCAGGUAGCCAUUAAUGAUAAUAGACUGGAGAGAAUUGAAGGAGAUCAUCAGAACUCGAGGGAUAGUUCUCUGCCAAGAACCAUUCCGAGUACUAAUACACGUGAAUCUGUAGAACCCCAAGUGGAGGCGGUAAUGGAUAAAAUGGUCAGCCACUUUGAACGCUGGCAUUAUGAGGGAGGAUAUAGAAGGCUCAGAGUUUUUUCUGGCAUAACGCCAGUCCCUACCGGAGAAGAAGGAUAUGAUGCUUGGAGAGAAGCCGCUGUGCAACACUCUGAAGAGUGGAGGUGCCCGGAGCACAUAAAAAAACAAAGGAUUGUGGAAAGCCUGAGAGGUCCUGCCAUGGGCAUCAUCCACGCUACACGGAGAAGCAAUCCCAACGCCACCUUGAAAGAUUAUUUCAACGCACUAGAUUAUUCUUUUGGAACUCUAGAAGACGUAGGGGAUAUCUUGGCUAGGCUAAAUCAGACCUACCAAGAGCCUGCUGAGACUCUCACUAAUUAUAUUUAUCGUCUAGAUAAGAUAUUAUAUAAAUUGAUGGACAAAGGAGGGAUUUAA